AGUUUUGCAUAGUCUGUAAGUGCCAGGCCUUCCUAUGUAAGGGGCAGAGGGAGACUUGUACUGAAAUGCGUUUAAUCCUUGCAGGUUGGUAACUGAGUAAAUACUGCAGAAUACUUUUUGAUAAUGAAAAGUAAAUACAGCUGACAUCACAUCCUUCUUCAAAGGAGUUUUACUUUGUAUUUAGGCACAUUAGUUACUUGUUUAAAACUUAGCAGUCUAGAGAGAAAAUAAACUAAAAUAACGGACUGUUCCAUUAUAAUUAUGAAGUCUCAUUUUAGGCUGUCCUCUUUUUUUCACGUUGGUUACUUUGUGGUUAGGAUUUUUAAAAUGGAAGGAGAGGGAAAGCAAAACAAAUAGGCAUUGAACAUGGAUAUUAAAAUAAAUGCUUGCCUUGGCAAUUAUCAUAAUAAAAAUACAUGUUAGGUACACUUUAGCCAUAUCAAGUUUUUCUCUCUGUAUAUUUUGUCUUUAUUGAGUAAUCUUAAUGCCUUGGAUACAGAAUCAUUUUGUCAUGUACCAUUAACUUAAGAGCUGGAUACCUCAAUGGGUGCUUCGAUUCCUCGGCAGAAAGAUGGGCGAAUGAGUAUCCUCUAUGUGUAUAUACUGUGUUCUGUUGGAAUAGCUGAGUUGUUAUUUCAAUACAAAUGAUGUCAUCUUGGGUGUUGUAACUUCUUUAGAGAUAUCUUGCAGUAAAGGCACAUACUACGUUCAGCUAUUCCAAUUAGGCAUGCAACUAUCAAGUGUGUAUUUACAUCUCUGGAAACAGGCUUUUUUGGAAAUGUUUGGUUUCUUUUAAAUUACUGUUGUGUGCUUUUUUGACUGUUUUAAACUGCUGUAUGGUGAAAAGUCUUUUUACUGCCUGGGGAAUGUCUUUUUCUAUUCUGCUUUAUGGCACUAAUUGCCUCUGCAGAGCUACUGUGCAGGUUAUGUGUGGGCUUACAAAAACAAUGCUGCAAACUAAUGGGAAUAAAACUGGCUUUUUGGAAUCUAUCGCAUUGGGUUUGGAUAUUCAGUUUUAAACAGAAAUUAUAAUCAAACAAAUUCAAAGAGCCUGUUUUAAGAAGAAAAUGCUAUCUUGUUUUGCAUAGCUCUAAAGACAAUGGCUGAAAAGUGAAGGCGAGUAAGCUUGCUGGGAAGUAUAGAGAAAGAAGAGUUCUCUCAUUGUUCUCAGUGUCAUAAGACCUUAAGAAAUUAUCAGAAAAGACUAGAAAAUAACUGUACCCUAUUAUCCACGAUAAAAGAUUGUCAGAACAUUUAUCUCUUAACCAAGUGUUCUGAGUGGUUUUACUUAGCUUCCUCGCACAUAGGUCAUUUGUCUUUGCAGUUAUGUGAAAUAUUGUUUUAGAGUAUGGUUUCAUUUCACAAGAGGCAAAACACUAUGUGUCCAAAUAUGAGCAUCAGAAGAUAAACACAUGCUUACCUCAGCUUUGAGGAAUCCUGGAUUUUCUCUGUCUGCUAUGUGGAAGGGUUUUUUCCUCUACAUCUUGCAGCUAUAUUUCUUCAGUGUUAGAUCAAUUUAUAAACAGUUUCAAGACCAAAUACCAUUGAUUUAAGGGGAAAGUGGAGGAGUGCUGUGGGUUUCCAUAGAACUUCUUGCUGACUGGCAGUGGAACUAUUCAGGAAGAUGUGAGCAAGCUAGGGGAACACAAAGCUUGUCUGUCAGCUGUUAGAACUGGUUUGCUGAUGACACAAAGCUGGGCGGAGUGACUGAGGCUUCAGAAUGCUGUGUAGCCCUUCAGAAGGACCUGGGCAGAGAAGAACUGUCUGAAAUUCAACAAAGGCAAAUGCAGGGUCCUGCGCCCAGGGAAGAAUAACCCUCUGCACCAGUGCAGGCUGGGAUCUGACCUUCUGGAAAGCAGCUCUGCAGAGAAGGACCUGGGGGUCCUGGUGGACAACAAGCUGUCCAUGAGCCAGCAGUGUGUCCUUGUGGCCAAGAAGGCCAAUGGUAUUCUGGGGUGCAUUAGAAGAGCAUUGCCAACAGAUCGAGGGAGGUGAUUUCGCCAUUCUACUCAGCCCUGAUGAGGUCACAUCUGGAGUCCUAUGUCCAGUUCUGGGUUCCUCAGAACAAGAGAGAUAUGGAGCUCCUGGAGCAAGUCUGGUGGGGGGCAACAAAGAUAAUUGAGGGACUGGAGCCUCUCUCAUACGAGGAAAAGCUGAGGGAGCUGGGCAUGUUCAGCCUUGAGAAGAGAUGACUGAGAGGGGACCUCAUCAAUGUCUGUAAGUGUCUGAAAUGCAGGUGCAAAGAGGAAGGAUCCAGGCUCUUCUCUUGGUAGUGCCAAACAAUAGGAUGAGAGGCAAUGGGCAGAGACUGAUGCACAGGAAGUUCCAUCUGAAUAUGAGGAAGAACUUCUUUACUGUGUGGGUGACUGUGCAUUGGAACAGGUUGCCCAGAGAGGUUAUGGAGUCUCCCUCACUGUAGAUAUUCAGAACUCUCUGAAUGCAAUCCUGUGCAGUGUGUUUUUAGGAUGACCCUGCUUGAGCAGGGAGAUUGGACCAGAUGACCCACUGUGGUUCCUUCCAACCUUACCCUUACUGCUGAACUUCUGUGAUUUGGUGGCAAAUACUUGUAUCUGACAUUAGAUAAUUGCUUGAAAACAGAACUUCAGACACUUUCUGGUUUAGUGUGUUACUGUUAUCUUAUUUGUGUCAAAAAUGGAUUGGUAGUUCCUCCAUCAGCUAACAUAAAUAGGACAAAGUUGAGUGGGAAUGGUUUGAUAGCUAACAGUACAUGAAGUAGCUCUUCAUGUGAUUGUUAUGUCUCUUCAGGUAAUUACUACCGUAUUUCAGCAUGGCAUUAUCUUUCAUAGGACUUUAUUAAUAAGAUCACAGUUGUCAAGCCCAGGGUUUAAUUUAGUAGGGUGUCUGUAAGCUUCAGUCUUGAAGUUAAUUCAUAAUGUCAUGAAGUUACCAUCCAAACUGCACUACCUAGUGUUCUUAGUGUGGUAGUUGGAAGUGCUAACUGCUGUUGUCUUCCUUCUUUUUCAGCCUCACUGCUAGUUUGUUCUUCCAAUGGUUUCUCCAUGAACAUGUGGUUCUAGUAGCACAGCACAAUGUUCUGGCAGUACUGAAUAAAACACAAAACUCAGUAUCUGAUUAAAAAGUAUACACUCUUUCUUCAGAUUUUGGGUGUUUUGUUGACAUGAAGGUAGUAGUAUAAUGCAUUUGCAAAUAACUGUUCGAAGAUAGGAGACUUAUUACCCUUUAAAGACUUAUUUUAUAAACAAAUCCUUCUUAUGCAUUGUUUGAGAAUAUUAUUGUCAUACCCUUACUUCAAAAGUCAAGAAACUGUUGUCCUGUGUAGCAUUGGCUGCAAUAUGGCUCUCGGGUAACUCCAAGGCAGUCUGUAGGGUUACAUUGUACAUCCAGCAGUUGUGCUUAUGCUGGCAUGUGAACUUUUGGGUAGCCAAAUCUAUCAGAGAUAGAUUUGAAAACCUUUGCUACAGUUACAGAGUGAUAAAUACCAAUUAAAAUUUUUGCGGAUGCUUUUGCAUUUGAGGGAUUCACCAUACCACAACAACAACUACUUCUGGAGUGUGACUGGAAUCAUUUUAGGUGGUGUUUUAUCUAUGAAAAUGUUUCCCCUUCUUAUGACUCUUGAAAUCCCUCAAUGGGAAUGGAAAGAACACUUAAAACUUAUGCUAGUAACUUAAAGGUCUUAAUGAGUUUUUUUUCUGGAUUACUGGGCAAACCCAUGUGCUUUUCCAACAUGGGGAAACUUGUUAUUUUAAGACUUAAUUUCCUGAUUUAUUUUUUUUUACCUUAAAACAACAAUAGAGUUUUCAAAAACUGUUUAGGAACCCAAGUCUUGGAAAGGAAAUUAUUGGAUAUACCAGUUGUUCCUGUAUUUCUCUUAGCUCCUAAGUUAGGUCAUAUCAGCUGAAUAAUUAUUUUAGUGUCUUCUAGUCCUGACUAGGUGUUGUACUAAGCAGAAUGAAGUGUAUAGGCUUUCAUUCUUUGAACUACCUUCUAGUUUCAACUCUAAAUACUGAUGAAAGGAUCAGUAUCCUUUCAGAAAUAUGAUGCUUAACUGGUAUCUCUUAUUACAGGGGGAAGAUUCUCUUUAGUGUGAUUACUUACAAGUAAUAUUACCUCAUCAUGGAAGAACUAUCACCAGAAGAAAUUCAGCUGAGGGCCAACCAGGUCACUGAUGAGUCUUUGGAAAGCACAAGGAGGAUUCUUGGUUUGGCCAUUGAGUCCCAGGAUGUUGGCAUCAAAACUAUUACCAUGCUAGAUGAACAAGGAGAACAACUAAAUCGCAUAGAAGAAGGCAUGGACCAGAUAAAUAAGGACAUGAGAGAAGCUGAAAAGACACUGACAGAGCUCAACAAAUGUUGUGGGCUCUGUGUCUGUCCUUGUAACAGGACAAAGAACUUUGAGGCCAGCAAGGCAUAUAGAGCAACCUGGGGAGAUGGAACAGAGAACUCAGCAGAUCAUGUGAUAUCCAUGCAACCAAGACGUAUAAACCAGCAGCAGCCUCAGGCUUCUGGAGGACCAAGUGGUGGAUAUAUUACAAGAAUAACAAAUGAUGCCAGAGAAGAUGAAAUGGAUGAAAAUCUUGCUCAAGUGGGAAACAUUCUUGGGAAUUUGAAAAACAUGGCUUUGGAUAUGGGCAAUGAAAUUGAUGCCCAGAAUAAACAAAUAGACCGGAUAAACGUAAAGGCUGAUACAAACAGGGACCGCAUUGAGCAAGCCAACAUCAGAGCCAAGAAAUUAAUUGACAAUUAAAGCCUACUGUCAUUGUUCAAUGACACUGUCUCUCCAGCUGCAAACCACCAUAUUCAUGGAUCUGUGAACUUUUAUUCUUUAAUAAGAGGGGCUGGGAAAAAUGAAGCAGUAACUUUCUAUAGUAAUUAAUUUUCUCUUAUUGCUUCAUGUAAACAUGGCUUUGACUCAAAGAAAGCAGCCAACUUCCUUCUACUCAUCUGCCUUCACUUCCUCUAUACUGCUCAGGGCUAAAAGUAUUAGGGCUUUGAGAAUCUUCUUGCAUGUUUUAUUCCUCCUCCCAGUUUUCCUUUUUUUUUAAUUUUUUUUUUUUAAUUUCCUGCAUCGAAAAUACAGUCCUUUUAUUGAAGCUGAACAAGCAGGGGUAACCUGAAUUCACAGUUGUGGAAAGUUGGAGAGGGCACUUUGCACUGUUUGAAAUACCUCAUAAGUUGAGUGUCUUCACUAAAAUAGGGACUUGGUGAACAUUGUCUAACUUGUAUCUCUAGCAUGCUAACCAUAGCUUUACAAUCCAAACCACAUGACUGGUUUGGGGUUGAGUUUGUGGAUCAAAAAAUUGAAGAGGCCCAUUACUUACAGCUUGUGAGUUGAGGGCUUUAAAACACUUUGUAACCACACGAACUUUAAGGUAAUGGUAACUGGAGGGAUAUAGAGGUUUCCAUUUCUUUACUGUAAAUUGGCAUCACUUUGGAGGCCAUGACUAGGAAAUCAUGCUGCAUUGUUCUGAUAUUUGUUGUGCGUGUAUAUAUAUGCCUGAUCUAAACCCUGUGCACACGUGAGUAGAAGAAAAUAAAACUAUCUCCCUAAAGUAUUUAUUUGAUGGAAAUUUUUACACCCCUCAUCUGAAAAUUAACUUCUAAGUGUUUGAAUGAUGCAUCUAAACUGGAAGAAACUGAGUAGAAAAGCAUGCAGAUCUCUUGCAUCCCAUAUCUUAUUCUCUUUUGCCCAGUUUUCACUGGAGUUCAGUUUAUGCCUUUCUCCAGUACAAAAUAGUGACUGAAAUCUGGUGUGGAGUUUGCUGUCAGCAGUGAUUUUGGGAGUACUUUUUAAACCUAUCAAAACCAGAGAAGCUUAUUACGAAACUUUUUUGUCACAGGUCUGGAGGAAGAAGUAGCCAUUUAUGAACUGUAUGCUAGUUCUAAAUAAACUAGUUCUAAAUAGUUUCCUGACUGGUUUAUUAUUGCAGAUAUUGGGACUGGCAAUUGGAAAUAUUACAUGUCCAAGUUACUUGCAACUAAAAGUUCUUGUUCUAUUGCAGAAUAGAGGAGUUUCUGACCAGGUGAGGUGAAGCUCUUUCCUAUGAAGAAAAACAUUUUGGUUUUACUGUAGUAUAAUUGGAUUUAUUUCCAGAAUUUUUCUUUAAAGCUUUAUAGUAAUUAAAUUGCAAGUGGCUUAUAUAAUUUUAACUCCACCCAGCUAUAUACUAUGCCUGUUUUACAGUUGAAAGUGAUGCUUUGGAGUAACCCAUGAUACUCAGUGUUGGAUGGCAAAAAUCUUCAAACCAAAUUGAUUGGAGGAAUAAUUAAAACUAAUAGCAUUAUGGGGUGUUUUUUUGGGAGGACAGUCUACAAGUAUCCUGUAGCCACUAAUAUUGAAUCCCAGGGCUAGAGAUGACACUAAUCCAUUGAAAUGUUUAGACAGUGUUAGGUAUUUUGUUUUCUUUUUAGCAGAAAUACAGUCAGUAUUAGUGGUAUAUUUUCAGUUCACUCCCAGCACAACUUGAUAUUUAAAGAAAAAAACCAAAAUCAGCAACCACACAUACACAAAACUCAACAAAAACCUAACCAAACAAAACAGAAAAACCCAAACAACUGACCAAAGGAUGAAACAGCUGCAUGUAAUAAAUAGGCCAGUGGCAGUUUGCCUUAUGUGAAGAAGGUGAAGUCAUUUUUAGGGCAUUAGGUACUUCAGUACUGUGGAUUGGCUCCUGUCUAGCUUCCAGUAAUUGUUGCAAAGCCAAUGAAUUUCAAAAGCUUACUAGUUGCCCAAUCAGUAAAUGAAGAUUAUAUGCUUAAAAACCCAAGUAGCAAAGAAGUACUUUUUAAGAACAUGGCAUAGUAAACUUCAAAGAACCACCUACAUAAGAAAGUGUAGGGAAUUUUGGAUGAGCUUUUUUUUUCCUUCUUACAAACUUCAUGUUAACUGAAGGAUUAUUUGCUGCUAGUUGUGAAAGCAAAGUAUACAUUAUUUAAUUGUCUUCCUGGGACAGAAGACUGAAUUGGUUACCUUUUAUUCUGCUUACACAAUGCAAACCUGCUCUGUAGCAUUUGAACAUUUCAAACAUUGGAAUGUUUUUCUCCCUUGCCACUACAAGUCCAUAUUCUUGACUCGCCUGAGCUCUAACAACAAAUUAACACAUUGGCUGACAGAACACUGUGAUGGGUAUAUCAGAAUUGUAAUAUUGCAAUGAAUACCACACAAGGAAAUAAUUUCUGAGACUCUGAGCUGAGUAUUAGCGGAGCAUCGAUACUAUUUUCUGAUCUGCAAGACCCAAAUCCAUGAGGGAGUUGGUGCCUUUAUGUUAGUGAACAACACAGUCUGCUACUUGGAUUGUCUUACUGUUGUCUAUAGAAUAGAUGCCUAAUUUCCGUAUCUAUGGUAUGAAAUCAACCCUUGUACAUCUUUGUAUGUCUGAAUGCUAUUAAGAAUGAAGGCUUACAGUUUCUGCUUUUGAUUGUUAAAUUAUAUAUUGUGCACAAAAAUACAUACUUUUAUAACUGAA